UUCGCAUUUGCCGGUGUGGAAGACGGAAGCACAUGCUUCUGCGGCAACUCGGUCGAGGGGGCUACCCCAGGUGAUGGCUGCGACACCGCCUGUUCCGGCGAUGACGCUCAGAACUGUGGAGGCUUUGCCCACUUCAAACUUUUCGCUGCUGCUAGGAUCGCCCUCCCCAUUGACAUCGAUCCUUUUACCGGCCAAGAUAUGCCUACUGAUCCCGCCGUGACCGGUACUGUGAUUGCUACCGGGGGAUGCUAUGCUGAACCCAACCAGAACGGGGUCAAUCUUCAAGCCCUCACAGGGGCAUCUGCUCUCAAUGUCGCUGGCCUUACCGCCAACCUCUGCGCCAACCUCUGCUCAACUCAAGGUUUUAGCCUAGCUGGUCUCGAGGCCGGGGACGCUUGUUUCUGUGGUGAUGAACUCGAAGGCGCUACAGCCACCGAUCCCAGCAACUGUAAUAUACCCUGUGCAGGCGACGACACGGAAAUCUGCGGUGGA